AAAAUACUGCAGUAGACAUUUUCACUUUCACUUUACCUGAAACUGUGAGUGUGAGGAAGAAGGUAAUAAUAUGAGCAGUCUGGUGCAGUACUCGGACAGUGAAGGCGAGAACUCAGAUGAUCAUGACGCUAUCUCUGUAGAUGCUGUUUCAAGGAAGCGAAAACAGUCACCACAAAGUCAAAACAGUGUUGGAAACGAGAAAAAGAUUAGGUCUACUGCAGUCCUUCCUCUGCCAGACACAAUAAAAUCACUAUUUUCAAAAGGAGAUAAACAUUUAGAUAACCCCGAGGACCAUGAGGGAAGAACUAGGUCAUUUGAACAUUUAGAAGGAAACUGGGCCACUCACAUCAGUGUUCCAUAUGAUCCUGAUGAAAGAAUGAGAGAAUUGAUUGGAGAAUUGUUACUGUGCUUAAGACCACUUGAUUUUAAACCAAUGAAAGAGCUUCAUUUAAGUUUGUCCCGAACUGUUGCUAUUAGACACCACUGGAUCAAACCUCUGACAGACAGUUUACAGAACAGAUUGAGAUCCUUACAGAGAACAUGUUGUGAAUUUUCUUCAGUUAAACUGUAUACAAAUGAUGAAAAGACAAGGACUUUUUUAUCUCUGGCUGUUUCAGCCCCUGGUAAUAUUCUACAGGAAUACACAAAGGCUGUUGAUGAAUGCUUUGAAGAGUACAAGCUUCAAAAAUAUUACAAGGAUCCAUCUUACCAUAUCAGCAUUGGAUGGUGUUUACAUGAUGUUAUUCCAGAAAUUAGCAAAGAAACACUCCACAAACUACAGGAAAUACUUGAUGCUGCAUUGGAGGAAAACACCGAUCUAAAAUUGUUUACAGUUGAAAACAUUAUUUGCAAAACUGGAAAUAAACAAUUUUCUCUACAGUUAAACAAAGGAUAUGGAUGA